GCAAAGGAAAGAUGUAUCUGUCGGUAGUAGCUUGUUGGAGCUGAACACAGUAUCGGCUUCAAAGUUCAGGAACUGCUAAAGUGAGACUGAAAGCAUUCCAGUCUCAGACCAUGAACUAUGUGGGCCAGAUUGCUGGAACAGUGUUCGGCACUGUGAAGGAACUGUACAGAGGCUUGAACCCAGCUACUCUGACGGGUUGCAUUGAUGUCAUUGUGGUGAGGCAGCCAGAUGGUUCCUUCAACUGUUCUCCUUUCCAUGUGCGCUUUGGGAAGCUACGUGUUCUGCAUUCCAGUGAGAAAGUGGUUGACAUAGAAAUCAAUGGGGAGCCAGUCAAUCUGCAUAUGAAGCUGGGUGACAAUGGGGAAGCCUUUUUUGUUGAAAAAUCAGAGGAACAAAAGGAGACCAUUCCCACUUCUUUGUGCACAUCUCCCAUCCCGUCUGAGAAAAACUCAGAUCCCACAGCAAGAUCUUCAAAUUUGCAUGUCAACCCUGAAGGCUUGGUCUCAGAUGCAGCCCUCCGUAGGAAAAGAUGGCGAAAGAAGAAGCCAAAGAAAAGGGAGUCAUCGGCAGACUCUACAUCAGAAGAAGAGGGGCCUGAAAGUGAGCGAUCCUUAGAUGAGAAGAGAAAAUUGUUUACUUCCAACAAUUCAACUUAUUAUUCAUUCACUGAUGUUCAGAAUGAAGAAACUGGAACUUCACAACCUCAAGAAGCCUACCCCUACUCUGAUGGGGAGCUGUUUCCACUGCUAAGCCUUUCUCCAAACUCAUCUUCAGCUCCAAAAAGUGACUCUGAACUGGAGCUCAGAAAUCCUGAAUUGCCAUGUGACUGUGAUUCUCAUAUGCAGUGGUCAUGGGGAAGAUUGCCUGAAAUAAACAGGUCAGACCGAGCGGAUUCAACAAAGCCUGGUGUGAGCACUUCCACAACAGCAUCUGUCACACCUAAUACCACCACCAGCACCACCUGCACCACCACAAGUAUUUCCUUGGGUGAGGAAACCCACUUUGUGGCCAUCACUGCAGGAAUGGAAAGUGCUUUGGACAUGGUAGAACCUGAUGAUGCACCACAUGCUCCAGUUGCCCCUAUUAUUAGGCCAGCCCCUGUUUUUGCAACUGGAAAGGGCUUUCCCAGUUCAGAAGAACACAGUCCUUCCAUUCAAGUCAUUUGCAGUGAUCUAGAGAUAAUUCCCAGGCUUCCAGAAGAUGUACAAGGCACAAAAACAUCUACGGAUUAUGAAGGAACCGAGGAAAUCAUUGAACAGACCCAGAAUCAGAAUUUGGAUGUGCCAUCUGCUUUGGGAAACAAAGAACCCUGCGGGAGUCCUGAACUGAAACAAGAGAGACAAAAUUCUGUGAAGAGAAGCCCUCACCUGGGACCUUCUGAUGUUUACUUAGAGGACCUCUCAAAUCUGGAUGCAAAGCAACUAGCACUUUAUUUUCCUAAAAGUGAUGCUGAGCUGAGUGGCCAAGCACAAACUGAUCCUGGCAGCUCCUCUCAUGCCCCUGGGCUGGGAGGUGCUCCUGUUGACUGCAGUUCAGAUAAUCUCUUGGAACCUACUUCAUGCAGCCAAACACCCUGCAUUCUCCUGUCUGUCUGUGGAGGUCUUGGUGAUGAUGGGGAAUUGUCUCAUGUGGAGAGAUUUAUGAAGCAUAUAGUUUCCUAUCAAGAGUUUGCAGAGAAUCCAGCAAUUCUCGAAGAUCCAAAUUUGGUGAUACAGAUCCACAAGAAAUAUUACAACUGGGCAGUUGCUGCACCUAUGCUACUCUCCUUACAAGCUUUCCAAAAGAGUCUUCCCAAGAGUACUAUUGACAAACUAAUGAAGGAGAAGAUGCCCAAGAAGGGUGGCAGGUGGUGGUUUUCUUGGCGGCGAAGAGAACUUUCCAAUGAGGAGGAAUCCAGUAUGCAGAAACAUACUACAGUAGGCAAACUUCAAGGUGACACUUCUCUUCAAGGAAGGGAAGAUGAUUCAUCCAGUGACGAGUCCAUAUCUUCAGGCCCAGAGGACACAAAUGUACCAGAUGCUAUCACACAAAAAUUUCUUCCAACCUACAAGAAAUCCUUAAGACUCUCUUCAGAUCAAAUUAAAAGUCUGAACCUGAAAGAUGGACCUAACGAAGUGGUAUUCAGCAUCACUACUCAGUACCAGGGCACAUGCCGUUGUGAAGCCACUAUCUAUCUAUGGAACUGGUAUGAUCAUGUUGUGAUCUCGGACAUUGAUGGGACUAUUACCAGGUCUGAUGCUCUUGGUCACAUUUUACCACAUCUGGGGAAAGACUGGACUCACCAGGGCAUCGCUAAGUUAUUCCACAAAAUCCAUUUGAAUGGAUACAAGUUUCUCUACUGUUCAGCCAGGGCUAUUGGCAUGGCCCACAUCACCAAAGGCUAUCUCGACUGUGUCAAUGACCAAGGAUGGGUGCUCCCCAAAGGGCCCAUCUUGCUGGCUCCUAGCAGCCUCUUCUCAGCUUUUCAUAGGGAGGUGAUUGAGAAGAAGCCAGAAGUGUUCAAAAUUGCCUGCUUAAUGGAUAUUCGGAAUCUAUUUGGCCCCAACAGAAAGCCCUUCCAUGCUGCCUUUGGGAAUAGACUAACUGAUGUUUAUGCCUACAAAGAAGUGGAGCUGCCAGAAUGUCGUAUAUUCACUGUGAACCCCAAGGGAGAACUAACACAAGAACUUAUAAAAAACCACAAAUCCACGUAUGAUCGAUUGGGUGAGGUGGUAGAGCUCCUUUUUCCACCUGUUGGUGAGGAUGUGAACAUUUCUUUGGAGUGCCCAGAGUUCAGCCAAUUCUCUUACUGGAAAACCUCAUUGCCCCCUGUUGACUUUGAAGACUUUCUCUGAAGAUGCAGAAGCAACAUCCUUCCCAACAGAUUUUAAAGAAUUGGUCCUUUAAUCAGAUGGAAAGGCAGUAAAUGCAACAGUCAACCCUAUGAUGUGAAUGUCUUGGGAGUUUGGAGAGGCUGUCUGAAAAGAGCUAUUUAUUGCUGUCAUUCUCCCUUAAUUUUCAAGAGAAUAUGUGAGAAAAGAAUUCCCUCAAUCCAUUCAAUUACAGUUGGUUAUGCCAUAUGAAUGAAUGCAUUCCUGCCUAUAAGAUGAGUAUAUUUAUGAAGUUCCCUAAACAGCUGUAUUGUGUCCUUAAUUCUUAAAGCUGUUGAGAGUUUUGGCUGAACAUUAAACACUGCUGUUGGGUCCCCUCCCAACUUUUCAUGGCUUCUGGUCACAGCCCACUUUCACUUUUUUCUGUUAGGUGAUGAUUAUUAUCAGGAUAAUGGCUGAUGUUCACUAAUGCCAUCAUCAGUACGUGCUUAAAUGAUGAGGGCUUUAAUAAUCUGUGUGUAUGUUUGUUGACCAUGUCUCUGAGUCUAACUCUAUGCAACUGGAAACAGAUUCUGCAUAUGUUUUUGAGUUGAGGGUUAGCAUAGGUCAUGUUGCUCAAGGAGGACACACUGACCCCACUGCCAACUCAGUUCACAAGUUUCAUAAUGGACAAGCGAAGAGAAAUGACAGCACAUCAGAAGAAAUUGUAUUUUUCUUUUAACACUUUAAUCUCUGAGCUAUUGUCUGUGUCUAACAUUAUCUAUUUCCAGUAACAUCUGGUUUCUAGGAAGACAUCCCUAGUCAUAAAAUGCCUUAUUUGAAGCUGUUCUUUGUGGUUCUUCUGAAUUUGAAAAAUACUUGUAUCUUCUCCCAAAAUCCUUAACCUUAUCUCUGUCUUGAAUGUAGCAACAUGUGAUGACUUAUCUCAUGGGCUGCUAGUUAGAGGUCAGUUCUUCUUUAGAAAAGUCUAAGUAAUGAGGUGCCGCCUCAUAUUGCGCAGCUCGAUGGAAUGGUGAUUUUUCUUAGACAGCUGCUAAGAACUUGUGAGCUCUUUGAACUUGUGAGCUACUGUAAAUUAGAGUUGGCCAUGUUUUGUAUGGAAAGGCGACAGAGAUUUUCCAUGGAUGAAUGCAUGCAAUUUUUUAUUCUGCUGAUUAGCGCUGGGAAAGAAAAAGAGAGAGAGAAACACAUGACAGCAAGUAAAGAAGGGGCAACAAAGCAUUCUGAGAUAUUCUGGAGUUGCCCGCAAUGGGCACUAGCAAUCUUUUUGUAAAUUAGAUGAAGGCAGGAGACUUGGAUUUGAACCAAACACCAAUUCAUGUUCUACCUCACAUACACUUCCAUCCUUUUGUUUGACCCCAGAUGGGCUUACAGUGCACUUGAGUGAUUGUGUGACACUAGUCUGGAAGUUAUUUAUACUGCAAUACAUCUGCCAUUCUUUAACGCAUAAAAAUUGGGACUAAAAGAUUGUGUAGAAAUGGAAAUAAAAUGUUUGAGUACCUGAAA